CGGUGGGAGCUGCGCGGCGCUCGCGGCCCCGUCCCCCGGCUGGGGGGCCGGGGAGGAAGAAGACCGUAUUAGGUCGAAUAUGGCCUCCGGGAGCGGUGGUAGCGGCCUGCACCGGGUGACGUGAACGAGUAGGGACAAGCACACGGCGGUAGAGUGCGCGCCGCUCCUCUCCGAGGCGCCUUCAAAAAAAGGUGUGAUGUCCAGGGCAAUAGCGAGCAGGAGCCACGCAGCAGGCCCGCAGGAGGAUUGUGAGGGCGGCUCCAGGAGAGGCUGGGGGCUGGUGGUCACUGCUGGUGUUGGUGGGAUCUUGGUGGCCCUCUAUGCCGUGGUCACCCCCUUCGUGACCCCAGCUCUGAGGAAAGUGUGCCUGCCCUUUGUUCCCGCAACUUCCACACAGAUCCAGAAUGUGCUGAAAAUGUUGGAAAAGAGAAGUGGCUCCCUAGUUGACAUUGGUAGUGGGGAUGGACGUAUUGUGAUAGCAGCUGCAAAAAGGGGAUUCAAAGCUGUUGGCUAUGAGUUAAAUCCCUGGCUAGUCUGGUACUCCAGAUACCGUGCCUGGAGAGAUGGAGUGCAUCAGAACACCAGAUUUUAUAUUUCAGACUUAUGGAAGGUUUCUUUUUCCCAUUAUACGAACGUUGUUGUUUUUGGAGUACCUCAAAUGAUGCCACAGUUGGAGAAGAAACUGGAAGAAGAACUUGAAUGUAAUGCCAGAAUCAUUGCCUGUCGUUUCCCUUUCCCUUGCUGGAUCCCAGAUUGUACUGCUGGAGAAGGAAUAGACACUGUGUGGGCCUAUGAUUUGAAACAUUCUAGAGGAUGUGAAACAAAAAGCUUGGAAAUUACAGCAGGAACAGAAUCAUAAACAUUUAAUUUGGUUUUGUACUGAAAUUUUUGGCUUUGACUUCACCUGUUAAAGAUAAGAUUAAUGUGAGUAGAGCCCUUGGAAAUGGAGAUACAUAUUUGCUAAAAUAACUGAAGUACACUGGUUAUCUGAAAGCACACAAAGGUUAGUGAAGGUUGUAGUUAAAUGGCUUAAUAUAGUUAGUAGAAAUUAUGAGAAAGUUUUAUAGAAGUGGAAGGCUUUAAUAUGGAAGAUGGGAUAAACCACAGCUCACUACUGUUAAAGGGAAUAUAUGUGUAAGUUAAAAUGCUCAAAUUGACAAACUUAAUAUGUGCGUUCUUUCUGAGCCUACGUAGAAUUGGUUAUUGGUGUUGGAAGUUGUGUGCAAGUGGCUUCUCAAAUGAGCUGUGGUUCCCAAAUGUCUUCUUUAUGUAUGUCAAGUAGGCAUAAUGAUACAUACAUCAAACUGGCGCAGACUGAGUAUGGUGAUGAUACCAAUGUUUUGCACCUCGGCCUCGAAUGUGUAAUUUUUAAAGUUGAGUACGACACAACAAGGAAAUAUAACAAGUUUGUUAUUCGUUAA